AUGAAGUUCCUCAUCUGCUUUGCUCUCUGCUUCGCCGUCACUCAGGCUGGCUUCCUGGCCUCGCCGGUUACCUAUGCUGCUGCUCCCUCGUAUGCUGCCACCUAUGCCGCUGGACCUGUGGCCUACUCGGCACCCGUGACCACCUAUGCUGCUGCUGCUCCAGCUUACUCCACCUAUGCUGCUGCUGCUCCAGCUUACUCCACCUAUGCUGCUGCCGCUCCAGCUUACACCUCCUACGCUGCUGCUGCUCCGGCCUACUCGACCUAUGCUGCUGCCGCGCCAGCCUACACCACGUAUGCCGCCGCUGCUCCAGCCUACACAUCCUAUGCUGCAGCUGCUCCUGCGUACACCACGUAUGCCGCCGCCGCUCCAGCCAUCGUCAGCCCAUUCCUGAAGAAGAAGUAA